CAUGGUCAUGGACCUCCACCACCUCGCCCCCGGCGGGCGCCGCCUCGCCGCGGUGCUUCUCCUCCUCGCCGCCACCGCCUGCCUCUCCGCCUCCAAUGUCGCCGCGGUUACCACCUCCGAGGCGUCCUUCAUCGCCCACCGCCAGCUCCUCGCCAUGAAGGAGGCCGGCGCCGGCGUCGACGGCGACCUCCCCACCGACUUUGAGUUCGACGACCGCGUCGGCGUCGCCGUCGGCGACUUCCCCAACCCUCGCCUCCGCCGCGCGUACAUCGCGCUGCAGGCGUGGCGCCGGGCGUUCUACUCCGACCCCAAGGGGUACACCAACAAUUGGGUCGGCAACGACGUCUGCUCCUACAACGGCGUCGUCUGCGUCGCCGCGCUCGACGACCCCAAGAUCAUGGUCGUCGCCGGCAUCGACCUCAACGGCGCCGACAUCGCCGGGUACCUCCCGCCGGAGCUAGGGCUGCUGACCGACCUCGCCUUCUUCCACAUCAACACCAACCGCUUCUGCGGCAUCAUCCCCAAGAGCAUGUCGCGGCUGACGCUGCUGCACGAGUUCGACGUCAGCAACAACCGCUUCGUCGGCCUCUUCCCCUUCGUCGUGCUCGAGAUGGCGUCGCUGAAAUACCUCGACAUCCGGUUCAACGACUUCGAGGGCGAGCUUCCGCCGGGGCUGUUCGACAAGGACCUCGACGCCAUCUUCGUCAACAGCAACCGCUUCGUCGGGUACAUCCCGGGGAACCUCGGCAACUCCACCGCCUCCGUCAUCGUGUUCGCCAACAACCAGUUCGUCGGCUGCAUCCCCAAGAGCAUCGGCCACAUGGAGAAGACGCUCGACGAGAUCAGCUUCACCAACAACAAGCUCGACGGGUGCGUGCCCAUGGAGAUCGGCUACCUGAAGAACACCUACGUCAUCGACGUCAGCGGCAACGUGCUCGUCGGCACGCUGCCGACCACGCUCUCCAACUGCAGCAAGCUGGAGCAGCUCGACGUGUCGAGGAACGUCUUCACCGGCGUCGUGCACGAGGCCAUCUGCGAGCUCCCCGUGCUCGUCAACUUCAGCUUCGCCUUCAACUUCUUCAACUCGGAGUCGGCGCCGUGCAUGCCGUCGGAGAACGCCAACGUCACGCUCGACGACCGGAGCAACUGCCUCGGCUCGCUGCGCCCGGCGCAGAAGACGACGCUGCAGUGCGCGCCCGUGCUGGCGCGCCCCGUCGACUGCAGCAAGCACGUCUGCUCCGGCUACCCGACGCCCGGGAAGCCGGCGGUGCCGCCGGAGAAGCCGCCGCUCAUCUCGGUGCCAGUGGGACCUCCGGUGCUCCCGGCAAAGCCCCCGGAGAUGGCGCCAAGUGAGGAUGUGCCGUCACCGUCGCCACUGCCUUCCUAUCCAUCACCCAAGAAGUUUUCGCCAUCGCCACCCCAAGCACCAACUCCAUCAGAGGAGCCACCGAAAGAACCCAGCGAACCAACGCCAUCGCCACCCCAAGCACCACCUCCAUCAGAGGAGUCACCGAAUGAACCCAGCGAACCAACGCCAUCGCCAAUGGCGCCAGCACCUGCACCGUAUAGUCACCUGUCGCCAAAAACACAGAAGCAUUCUCCACCGCCACCACAAGAGCAGCCUCCUGUUGCCUCCUCUCCACCACCAACUCCGGUGAGCUCACCGCCACCAGCUGAGAAGUCUCCUCCUACACCUACACCGAAGGCCUCGCCUGCAGCGCCACCUGCUCCAGAGGGCUACACACCUUCCCCUGGAAAGUCUCCGCCAUCAGAGGCUCCCCCAACUUCUCCACCUUCUUCAGAGAAGUCUCCUCCGCCACCGGCUCCAGAGAGCUACACACCUUCUCCAGGAAAGUCUCCACCACCAUCAGAGAAGUCUUCUCCACCACCUACUCCAGGAAAGUCUCCAACACAAGAACCUCCCACUUCCCCACCUCCUUCAGAGAAGUCAUCUCCACCGCCGGCUCCAGAGGAAUACACUCCUACCCCGAAAAAAUCUUCACCACCACAGGCACCAUCGACAUCUCCACCUCCAUCAGAGAAGUCAUCUCCACCGCCGGCUCCAGAGGAAUACACUCCUACCCCAGGAAAAUCUUCACCGACUCCUCCACCUCCCUUAGAGAAGUCAUCUCCACCACCGGCUCCAGAGGGCCACACACCUUCUCCAGAAAAAUCUUCACCACCACAGGCACCACCGACUUCUCCACCUCCCUUAGAGAAGUCAUCUCCACCACCGGCUCCAGAGGGCCACACGCCUUCUCCAGAAAAAUCUUCACCACCACAGGCACCCUCGACUUCCCCACCUCCCUUAGAGAAGUCAUCUCCACCACCGGCUCCAGAGGAAUACACUCCUACCCCAGGAAAAUCUUCACCACCACAGACACCACCGACUUCUCCACCUCCCUCAGAGAAGUCAUCUCCACCACCGGCUCCAGAGGGCCACACACCUUCUCUAGAAAAAUCUUCACCACCACAGGCACCCUCGACUUCCUCACCUCCCUUAGAGAAGUCAUCUCCACCGUCAACUCCAGAGGAAUACACUCCUACCCCAGGAAAAUCUUCACCACCACAGGCACCACCGACUUCUCCACCUUCCUCAGAGAAGUCAUCUCCACCGCCGGCUCCAGAGGGCCACACACCUUCUCCAGAAAAAUCUUCACCACCACAGGCACCCUCGACUUCCCCACCUCCCUUAGAGAAGUCAUCUCCACCGCCGGCUCCAGAGGAAUACACUCCUACCCCAGGAAAAUCUUCACCACCGCAGGCAUCACCGACUUCUCCACCUCCCUCAGAGAAGUCAUCUCCACCGCCGGCUCCAGAGGAAUACACUCCUACCCCGGGAAAAUCUUCACCACCACAAGCACCCUCGACUUCUCCACCUCCCUCAGAGAAGUCAUCUCCACCGCCGGCUCUAGAGGGCCACACACCUCCCGGAAAAUCUUCCCCAGAGACGCCCCCGACUUCCCCACCUCCAUCGGAGAAGGCAACUCCACCACCGGCUCCAGAGGGCCACACGCCUUCCCCAGAAAAAUCAUCACCACCAGAGGCACCCUCAACUUCCCCACCUCCCUCGGAGAAGGCAACUGCACCACCGGCUCCAGUGAGCUCUCCACCAACCCUAGAAAAAACUUCAUCACCACCGUCAGCUCUAGUUAGCCCACCGCCAUUACCGAUCAAAGCUCUGUCACCACCAACUCAUGUGAGCUCUCCACCAUCCCCAGUGAAACCUUCCUCACCACCACCAGCUCCAGUAAGUGCACCACCAUCUCCGGUGAAAUCUUCAUCGUCACCACCGGCUUCGGUUAGCUCACCACCAUCCUUAGAAAAAUCUUCUUCAUCUCCACCAGCUCCAGUUAGCUCUCCGCCACUACCAGAGAAAUCCUACUCACCACCAUCAACUCCUAUUAGCUUACCACCACCAGUGAAAUUUUCCUCACCACCACCAGAACCAGUUAGUUCAUCACCACCUGCAAAGUCUCCACCACAACCAACUCCAGUCACCUCACCAUCACCACCAACUCAUGUAAGCUCACCACCAUCAGAGGCAAAGUCUCCACCAACACCAGUGAGCUCUCCCCCUCCUGAAGAGAAGUCCCCACCAUCGCCUACUCCAGUGAUCUCAGCGCCACCCUCAGACAAGUCACAACCGCCACCCACACCAACACUAAAGAGCUCUCCACCAUCUGUUGAUGAAUAUGUUCCUCCAUCUCCAAUGAAAUCAACUCCACCACCCUCAACAAAGACCCCACCAUCACCUACGCCAACGAGCCCAACCCCACCAUCAGAAAAGUCACAACCACCACCCACACCAGAACCAAAGAGUUCUCCACCAUCUGAAGAUGAGUAUAUGCCACCAUCUCCAAUGAAACCAACUCUACCUCCAGCUGAGAAGUCCGAGUCACCGCCUUCUCCGGCUGAGUCUCUACCCCCACCAAUGAAGUCGCCACCACCACAAACACCAAUUAUCUCGGAACCGCCACCAAUGAAGUCUUCACCACCACAAAAACCAAUUAUCACAGAACCACCACCAAAAGCACCAGUGAUCUCAGAACCACCGCCAGCUAAGUCUUCACCUCCACACGUACCAAUUAACCCACCACCAACAUCGGAGGAGUCUUCCCCACCAACACUAGUAAGCUCAUCACCACCAGAAGUGAAACCUCUACCUCCUCCGACUCCAGUGAGCUUACCUCCUCCUAUAGUUAAGUCUUCACCGCCACCAGCUCCUAUUAGCUCACCACCACCUCCGGUUAAAUCGCCGCCACCACCGACUCCAGUGAGCUCACCCCCACCAGCUCCGGUGAGCUCACCUCCUCCUCCGGUUAAAUCACCUCCCCCGCCGGCUCCAAUAAGCUCACCACCUCCUCCGGUUAAGUCUCCACCGCCACCAGCACCGGUUAGCUCACCACCACCAGCGCCGGUUAGCUCACCGCCUCCUCCAGAGAAGUCACCACCUCCACCGGCACCAAUUAGCUCACCGCCUCCUCCAGUGAAGUCUCCACCUCCACCUGCCCCAGUCAGCUCACCACCUCCGGCAGCCACCACUCCCCCAAUAAAACAUGAGCCGUCACCAAAAUCAGAAUCAUCGGCUCCACCAACCAUGGAAUCUGAAGCUCCACCAUCAUUUGACACCGUGAUCUUACCGCCGGUGAUGGCGCACCAAUACGCCUCACCACCACCCCCUCAAUUCCAAGGGUACUAAGUACCAUGGAGAGAUUAACAAAGACGACACGGCAACGUCGAUGAGAAGUUAUCCAUAACUACAAAAUCUCGCAUGCAUAUGUGUAGCAACUCUCUAGCGGCAAAGUGCAUGCGCAUUCCACUUGAUUUUUUUUGUAUCCAUCCAAAUAUAUAUUGUUGGUUCUUCUAGCUAGGUACAUAUAUGUAUGUGCUGGAGCGCACAUGAGCAAACUAUAUGUGAGAUCUACGCAAGGUGUAUGCAUGCAACGGGGGAUGUCAUAUUCAUGAUGCAUGCCUUGUGGUAGAAAUAUAUAAUAUAUCCCUUUUUAUUCAACAGAUGAAAUGAAAUUAUUUAUCUGAGCAAA